CAACAAAAAUGGCAGCGUCCAUGUCGGUUGCUAUCGCCGCAGCCAACGGAGAUUUGAGGGCAAUUGAGAAUUUGAUCAGCCAAGGACGAGAUGUAAAUGAAAGAUCUAAAGAUGGAAUGACUCCACUGGGCAUUGCAGCAUUUUGGGGCUAUGCUGAUAUUGUUGAACUUCUUCUAAAUCAUGGUGCAGAUAUCAAUUUAGCAAACAAGGGAACACUUUGGACUCCAAUUCACUCAGCAGCAUUUCAAGGUCACGGGAAGGUGAUAAUGAAAUUGAUGGAACAUGAUCCAGAUCUCACUUUAAAGGACAAUCAAGGAAGGACAGCUACAGACUUUGCCUCAGCUAUGGAUGCAAUAUGGCCAUUCUUUGCUGCUAAAGGUUGUAGAAGAACCAUUAAAUCACAGCUUAUUGACAUGGAUAUUGUCAAAAAGGUGACAACUCCAGAUCCUACCAUACCAAAAUCAGAAUAUGCUCACUUCUCUAGGCCAGGUUCAGCUUAUGUGAUGAAACCACAGCAAAUGAAUUACUCUGACUCAAGGAUGGCUGUUGCAUCACAAACAGGUGACGUGUUAGCUGGUAUAACAGAAGAAAAUGAACAACAAUAUAUGCCCAUGUUUGGUAGUGUCUGGAACAACUGAUAUCUUAUCAAUCAUGUGAUGAUCUUGUGCAAUCUUCCAUACAUUCCAUCAUUAUAUAACAUGGUAGUGGUAGUCACAGUUAUAAACAGUGCUCUACAUAGAGGGUAUUGAAUGAGUGUAUGUUCAAUACUGAAUUUAUUGAAUGAGUUGAAUAAAGUUAUAUUAUGCGAGCCUUCGGCAAGCAUAUUAUUUUACUCAAUGAGUUCAAUAAAUUUAGUAAUAAAUUUAUAUGAAUAUAAUAUUCUAUUUAUCACAUAUCAAAAAUAAUGACCGUUUAAAGUGACGCGCCUAUAGUAUAAUGCUAACAUUUAGCGCGUCUUUACACUAUGUUUGUAUAACGCUUAUGAUGUCAGGUAUAUAUGCACGGCCAUGCAAUACCAUUUUUACGGAGGCGCAAAAUUGGCACAGGUGUGUGAUAAAUUAGUUUAUUUGUUACAGUUUAUAGGAGGAGGAAAGUUACAAUAACAAAAUGUUGUGGUUAUCUCAGGUUGUGUUUUUAUUUUGAAGUUUGUCCAUUUUAUGAUGUGUCUGUUGCUUCACAAGGUUAUGGAAAUAAGUAUUAAGUCGUUUUCUUCAGUGAUUUAAUUAUAAUAUUUAUUUUUUGCAUUAAUUCACUGUAACAUUCAACUUGAUCAAUUAAUAUAAUUUUUGCAUUAGUCACAGAGACUUUUCUUUUCAACUAUGUCCUUGGUAAUUUUUUUGUCAGGAGAUUUGUGUAAACAAAUUGGUACAUACAUUGUACAUGUAUAUUUGUAAGAUAGAAAUGGUUAAAAUAAGUUGAAUUGUUAUAACUUUUAAGUUUUAAACUUGGCCAAAAUGUUGUUUUUUGUGACAUAGUAUUUUUACAUUAAAUGUUCUACACAGAUUGCUUGCGAUGUGAUUAGAUGCAACAGAAAUUUGUAUAUCAAAUACACAUGUAUUAAUUAACAUAGUUUUAGACAUACUAGAUUAUUUUGUUAUAUAUUCCUUCAUGUUUGAUGAGCCAAAAAAAGGCAAUUUGGCCAUAAUUUAAACUCAUAUACAUGUACUGUUGAAUAAUUCCAUAUUGCAUGAAAGAGGCAAUAUGAAGACAUAGGGUAUAAUAUGAUAACACAAAUGUAUUAGUUUGUUAUUUAUGAUUUAAAUUAAUUCACUAAACCAUGACUGUGUACUGCUGUAUUAUUCAAAAUUUGUGAUAUACAUUUACCAAAGCAGUUAAUUUUUAUAUAUAUAUUAUGUUUAUUGGUCUAAAAAUUGAAUGUAUCAAGUUGAUCUGUUUAUAAAAUUUGUUACUUGACCAAAACUUUGGCGCUUUAAACAUUUUGUAUUAAAAAUUAUGGAAGUAACUGAUAAUGAUGGUUAUUAAACAUACAGCAGUCAGGAAAGAAAAAAAUAAUUCAUGUUAUUUUGAAUUUCAUUGCAGAUUAUUUUACUAAAUUUUGACAAAAUCAGACUAGGUUUUUUUUUAGAUCAAAAUUAAAGACUUGUUAUUUCUUUUGGGAGGUUUUAGAUCUGAGACACACUAAUGAAAUUUGUACAAAUGUAUUUUCAUUAGUCAUUAGUUAACAUUUCUGUCUAGUCGUACAUUGUUAUAGUCUUAAGUUCAUUCUAAGAUUUGAUAUUGGUAAAUAUAGAAUUCCAGCAACAAGUACAUGUAUUACUGAUUUUAUAUUAUUUAUUUUAUACAACAAAUGUUUGACAUUAAAGCAGCGAGCCUGCAAAUUAAUGCUAAUUGUCAUGCAAAUUUUGAAAAAUGUAUUAAAAAGUAAAAUAUUGUGAACAAUGAAAAUAAUUUUCAAAUUGCAAACAGCUCUUACGACCCAUGUAAAUUACCAAAAGAGGUCAAAAUAUGCAAGGAUAGUCCUUUAAUGUGUAAGUAAAGUACAUGUAGUAUAAACAUGGUUAAAAAUACUGCAAACUCGGCCAUAAGUAGCAUGUGACACGAAAAUUGUGAUUUUUUAGAAUCUUUUUACUUUCUUAAAAAUUUCAGUACUUUUUUUCUCAAGUUUGAUUUUCUUUAAAUAUAUUGGCUCAUCUGAAGGCAUGCUGCUUUAACUAUUGUAAUAAAAUAUAGUUAUGUUUUGAAAGCACUGUGUUACGUUUUGCUGGGCAACAUGACUGCUGAUAUAAAUUGGUUGUUUUUUUUAUUAUUUAUAGUAACAAAAAUGUCUCUAUAACCACUAAUGUAUUGAAAUGUAUAUGCAAUGUAUGUUGUUUUCAUUCUUUGAUACACUUUCUACAUGUAUAAUAAUAUCACUUUUAGACUGUUGUGGUUUUGUGUGAAUCUGUGAUUAACUUCAUACGGCUAGAUGUGUUCAAUUGUUUUAUAAUUAAUGAAUAUAUUUUACUGAUUUUUAAAU